AACAUUUCUAUAUCUCGAUGAAAAUAUACCAGCUGAACAGUAGUGAAGUAGCCUACUGCUGUUUUGCCUCUUGGUCUCACGCGGCCUUUGCAUGGGGGGGAGCUGUGGGUGGAGUAAGUGACCUAGUUUUGUCCAAUAGUUCCUUGUAAGGGGAGGAGUCUGGAUUACUUUAAGCCAAUCACAACAAAGUCGUCCUGCCGAUGGGCAGCGCCUACGCGUGCUAGGGCCAUGUGCGCUCUCGGAGAGGAGGAUUCGGUCUUAAAGAGACUUCCAGUGGAAUUUCUGUCGGCAAAACCCGACAGGCGCUCACGUUUCAACCGGAUUAAAGGCGAUUUGUGGAAUUAUGCUCCUCUGUGUAGUUGGAAAGAAAAGUAGCCUAGUAUUUAGGCCCAGUAUAUCAUAUUAAGUAUCACUGUACAUCGUUUGGGGGUUUCACGUGUACCCGAAUAUUUUAAUUGUGAAAUUAAUUAAGCUAUAGUCGGAUCUAGAAUAGCAAGAUGAAAUGAACACGUUUACUAUUGCUGCUAAAUACGAAUUGUUUAAAUAUGGUUGUUUCAAUUGGUUUUCUAUUCAUUGUACUCAUACUUGCCUUACACCACCAGAUGUUUGGCAGUAUGAACAAACCACGUGUUCCGACACCUGGGGAAGUGUAAAUUAGAGGAACAAACAACGGGUUAAUGGAUGAGAACAAAAAGUUCUGUGGAUGGGAUGGGAACCUUGAUGUCAAAGUGAACCCUACUCCGGCUUAUUAUUGGCUAGACUGUUUGGGAGGUUGGGCUCUCACCAAGGCUUUGAGGCGUGGUGUUGAGGAGGUGUGUCUCAUUAAUAUUGAUAAACACCCCCCCUCCUGCGCUAUUACCCGUGAGCUGUGACGUCACGAGAAUUGCCCGUGUUCGUUCCAGCUGACUCCAGCCUCAGCUCAAGCGCAAGCUGCGAGUCUACAUACAGAAAGAGAAAGAGGGGGAGAAGCAGAAUAAAAAAAUAAAAAGCGAGUGAGAGCGACAGAAGGGAGAGGGGGAAAAACAAGAAGCUAUCACAUCAACCAAUCGCGCUGCUUAGCUCCACAUUUUCUGUUAGGCUAUUCAUUUUGUUUUUUUGUUUUUUUUUGUUAAACGCUUCAUGAUCGUUAUUUCUGUUCUCCGUGUAUUAUUGAUAAGAAACAUUUUCCAUACGGUUACAGAGAGCAUUUUUUCGAAGUUUCAGUGCGACGAAAGCCAAGUCUAGUUCUGUACGCGAGUCUCGAUUUGCGCUUGGUUCACUUCAGGAAUUCAUUAUAGACAUUGUCUUUUAUUUUUAUUUUGUCCUGGUGAUGAAGAAAUUGUCCAAUUUCCGAACAAUUGCGAAAACCAGUCUAACUUUAAGAAGAUAGGAAAUAAGGGGAUAUUUCUACAUUUAGCUACGCAAGAGGACAAUACGAAACAACAACUGCAACAAGAAGGAUAUUAGAAUACAUUAGCACAUAGCCACUCGCUGGAUUAAAGGCGAGAAAGAUCGUUUUAAAAUUGGAGCUCUUCACAGUAUUGUAAACAUGAAUACUGUCGAUAAAUGAUCAAUCAUAAUAUAUUUAGUUACCUGCAAAACUCGAUUUGACGUCGCGCGACUAUCCGGCUGGCCAGGUUAUUAUACAGCUGUGAGUAUCGCAUUUAGCCUACUGGAAAUAUUAUUUAAGGUAAUUGUCAAUUGGGGAGACUGGUGGACCGGUAGGUGCAUAAGGAGGUCUAAAACGAUCCAAACAAUUGAGAAAUACAGCACCAAAAUUUGACAUAUUACUGUGAUUUCAGAGAAGUUGUCGUUUUAGUCUAACCACGACACCAUUCAUUUCGUCAGUAAUUAGUCGAUAAAUUGUCGAGUUUCCAAGUCAACACGCACAUAAAAAAUAAGCGGCCACCGAGUGAUGUCCAGGCCGCUCACACAGCUUCUACCCCCUGACCUCCCCGCCGGUGCUAGCCCUCAGUUUGGGAGUAGUACCACGGCGAGCAGUACUGUAGGUGGUGGGCACCUGGGUUCCAUGGCAAGCUUGAAGUCCCUUCUGCAGCUUCCAAUCAAAGGCGACCAGCGAGGGAAAGACUGCUGUGAUAUGAAAGACAAAGACAAACCCUUGGACUCUGAUGAGGACUCCACGGUUGGGGGCAUCGUGGGCAGUGGUGGAAGUGGCAGCGGGUGCUCCCUGCGCUCCUCCUCCCAGUCGGCCUUCCUGGGACCCCUGCUCUGGGAGCGCACCCUGCCCUGCGACGGGGGCCUGUUCCAGCUGCAGUACAUGGACCUGGAGGAGUUCCUCACGGAGAACGGGAUGGGCAGCCUACACAACAACAGCUCCAGCUCUGCCCAGAUCCCCUCGCAGAGCUCCCAGUCCGCCAUCCCCAACCAGAGCUCCCAGUGCCCCCCGUCAUCCCCCUCGCCCUGCUCCUCGUCUUCGUCCUCCUCUUCCUCGUCCUCCCCCUCCUUGCUGGGCCUGGACAUGCCGCAGACGACACAAGGCCUGCUGGGAGGGUCCGAGUGUCUGCACAGUGGCCAGGGAGCUCCCUUGGAUCCCUGUCCUUCCCCCUCCUCUUCCUGUCCUCCACCUCCUGCACCCCCAGCCACCAAUGGGACUGAUGUCAUGGUGAACUUUGACCCAGACCCUGCUGACCUGGCACUGUCCAGUGUGCCAGGGCAGGAAGCCUUCGACCCACGGAGGCACCGUUUCAGUGAAGAGGAACUCAAGCCACAGCCAAUGAUCAAGAAGGCCCGCAAGAUGCUGGUUCCAGAGGACCUGAAGGAUGACAAGUACUGGAGCCGGCGGUGUAAGAACAACGAGGCAGCCAAGCGGUCCCGGGAUGCGCGACGGUUGAAGGAGAAUCAGAUCUCGGUCCGGGCGGCGUUCCUGGAGCGGGAGAACGCGGCGCUGCGGCAGGAAGUGGCAGACAUGCGAAAGGAACUGGGCCGCUGCCGUAACAUCCUCAACAAAUACGAGAGCCGACAUGACGAACAGUGAAGGGAGACUCAGCUAGGGGAGGAAGAUUACCACGGGGGGGGCGGGAGGGCUGACGAAGGCUGAAGAGAUGAUGAUGAUCAUGAUGAUCAUGAUAAUGAUGAUGUUGAUGAUGAUGAUGUUGAUGAUGAUGAUGAUGAUGAUAAUAAUGAUGAUCAUGAUAAUGAUGAUAAUGAUAAUGAAAAUACAUUUAUAAGGACAGGAAAGAAGCAGUAGGGCAGAGGAAGAGUGGUAAAGGUGACAGGACAGUUUUUCUAUUUACAAGAAUUGUAUAUUUUUGAACUAGCAAAUGAGGGAGAGAAGGGGAAAGAACAGGUAGAGGGAAUUGCAGUGAAUUACAUGUGACUGAGCAGAGACUCGGGCAAGAUUCAGGAACCGAUCAAGAGAAGAUUUUGACAUAGUAUAAACUGUAUAUUUUUAUAUUUGCAAAAUGAGAUGGAGGUGGACUGGAAAUUUUGGAAAUAAUUUUGUAUAUUUUAUAUAUGGGUGGGAGGGAUUUUGGAUAGAGAAAGAUGAAUAUAAAAUGAUAUCUUUUAAAAAUCAUUAUUGCAGAAUGAUAUAUUUGAAAGGAAGAUUUCUUGAGUGGAGAAAUAUAAAAUGAUUGAGUCAGGAAUAUGGCUGUGAUGUAAGGAUGAACUGGAGGAAUGUAAAAUGGCAGACAGGCUGAGAUAGGGUGGGGGAGGGGUGUUUGAGUGAAAUUUUAGAGAGAAAAAAACUAAAUGAAAAUUUUGUAGUUAAAAUUUUAUUGUGGGUUUGUUCAAGCACUUAAUUUGUUAUCUUCUCUUUGAUUCCUUUGUUGAAGUGAAUGUCUAUAGACAUGGUAGGGAGCAAGUAGAGAGAGAGAAACUACAAAACUUUUAACAGUUCCGCAAAUAUUUCACAAAUAUAUUGUGUACAUUUGCAGGGAGCUUUUCCCAUGUAUAUAUGUAAAGGGCUGGGUAGGGACUUGAUACAUUCGGAUCCUUUGAGACAGCCAUUACAGCACAAUUUAGCGCACUGGAGAGAUGUGUCAUUUCUAUAUACUCACAGAAUUUUUCUCUCUCUCUAUUGGAUUUGUGAACAGAAUAAAACUGGUAUAGAAUUUAUCGCCCAGGUUAAGUUGGCAGUGAGUGUGAUUCAUGUGUCACUGGUGCUCCAGAGUGUGGAUUGCAAGCAAUAUAGCAGCCCACUUAAAGCAUUUCACUGCACUAUAUACUGCUCAUCCUGUGUUAUAUCAGUACUUUUGCUCUUAGUCCUAUACCAGUUCCUCUACAUGACAAUCCACCUUUACACAACAUUUAAUUGCCUAUGCUCUUCUGGGUAUCGUACAAAGGUUUCAUACCACAGUGUAUUCAUACCUCUCCUAACAAUCUGUCCUUUUCCUAUGAAAAUCGCCCCUUUUGUUACUGUAUGCUACAAAUAUAUAUUAUUCUAUGAAUUAUUAUUGGAAAAAGAAGCUGUCUGAUUAAAUGUAAGUGUGUAUAUAUAAAUAAGUAUAUAUGUGAAUGUGUGGAUAUAUGCGUGUGUGUAUAUAUGCAAAUUAUAAUUCCAAGAAAUGUCAGGUUAAUUGGAAUGAUGUUAAAUUCUCAGAUAUCUGGGAAAGAAAAGGCCAAAUUUCGCAAAGCUGAUGCAAAGGAGUUUAACUGCUUAAUUUCCAUUUUCAUUUCUCUGCUUCCCCAUUCCAUCUUUGCAAACUGUUGAAAUGCAUGGUACACUACCAACUCAUCUUGGGAGGAAGGUUCUAGUAAAACCAGAUAUGAACUCUGUUGGGUUAAUAAGUCUUUGUUAAUUUAGUUGUUGGGAUUCAAUUACCUUUUUUAUCAUUGUUACUAUUAUGAUUAUUAUUGUUAGUGUUAUUGUUGCUGUUUAUGAUUACAAUUUAUGUUUUCAGCAUUUCUUGCAACAUUUUUCUGAAGGAAUGCACAGUUUUUACUUCCCUUGUACCAUUAUUUUUAAUUCUUUUUUGAUAGCUACACUUUGUAUGAGCCUGUCAGCACAAUCAAUUGCGAUUCCACCAGGCCCUCGGUGCAUUGUGGGGGCUUCUUGGGUUUGAAUUUCAUAAAAGGAAAAACAACAAAAACUAUGGAUUUUUUUCUUGGAGGCAUUUGAAAUAACCCUCACAGCAGCCUAUGUAUUGCCAGCUGUAUUGACCUCUGAUGCUGCUAACCCCCUGCUGGAAUUUAAAAAGAGUUCCAGAUUUUAUUAUUUUUUGUAUACUUGGGAACUGAAGUCAUGGAAGCUUAUAAGCUAUUGACAGUACUGUUUUUUGUGUAAGCUUACUUCAACUUUAAUGGGCAUUUGUUGCUCAUCUUUGCAUCAUCAUGACUGUAUGCUAUCCAAAAUGGACUGUGGGUUAUUUAGUCCUUUUUUCCUUCAGAAGUGGAUUAUAAAUAUUUAGCUCUUAUUGUGACUUAUUAACUACAAAUCCCAUCAGCACACCACUACCCAACUGCACCGGUGAUGUCUACUGUUCCUGUCCAAAGGAAUGCUGGGGAAUGUAGUCUGGCUUUCCAAAGCACCAAUAAAGAAUUAUCCUUACUCACUGAGUAAA